AGACUCGCCUCUGUGAUGUCACAAAAGCCCGCCCCAUGUUGGUCACAUGGCCGUGAAGUCACAACUUCCUCAAAGGUGUUAGAGUGUAGCUCACCGGUUUCCACAUGGCGUAAUCGGAAGCUGAGCGCUCAGAUGAGGCUGAAUACCCGGCUGUUGGGAUUAGUGUCCUGUCUAAAGGCACGUCACAGCCUGGCGAUGGACAUGACGUGCAAAGUGCUAAACUUGCCGGGUGGGGGAAGUGGAAGAUGCUCAAGUAGACCCACCAGGGAUAUUAAAGGUUGGAAGGAGAUCCUGAACACUUCUCUCGGCAUUCUGCAGCAGGGCGGAGUGAUUGGUGUGCCCACAGAUACUAUCUAUGGUAUUGCCUGCCUGGCUCAAAAUUCCCAAUCCAUAAGCAAUAUCUAUAAUGUCAAAGGACGCAAUGGGACCAAGCCAUUGGCCAUCUGUGUUGGUAAUGUUGAGGAUAUAUACAGGUACUGCCAAGUAAAUGUCCCAGACCAGUUACUUAGGGACUUAUUGCCAGGACCAGUGACUCUGGUGAUGGAGAGGUCAGGACGGCUCAACAAGGAACUUAACCCUUUUACAUCUUUGGUGGGUGUGCGGAUUCCCGAUCAUGCGUUUAUAAGGCAGCUGGCUGAGGUCUGCUCAGAACCUUUGGCUUUAACCAGUGCCAAUAUUAGCUCCCAGGAAAGCACACUCACAGUAGAGGAGUUUAGGGAUCUGUGGCCGAAGCUGUCUCUAGUUGUUGAUGGAGGCCCUAUUGGAGAAGUUUCUAGCCCUGAAUGCAGGCUAGGAUCAACUGUAGUGGACCUUUCUGUGCCUGGAAAGUUUAUCGUGAUCAGAGAUGGAUGUUCUCUGAUUCCGACUGUGGACAUCCUCACAAACACCUAUGGCUUGUUACCAAAUUCCUGACUGCCUACUCUAAUGGGGCAAAAGGCCUUGGGACCAAUCAGAAGGCAGAGCACGACCAACCCCCAUGCUGACAGACUGGAACAUUUGCCAGUGGUGUGGCAAGAAAACACUGACUCAUGGCUUAUGAUCUUAAACCAAUAGGUCAUGUAUUUUUCUCUAUCUUGAAAUGUGAACUUUAUGGUCACUUGGAAAAGCAAAUGGGUUAUUGAAAUAGUUACCUCAAGAAGGUUUUUAAUUUCAGAAGUUGCUUAUUUUAAAAAACAUAGGAAGCUGCUGUUUUUUUUUUUAAUUUAAUUAAAUUAUUGACUUCUCAAUAAAUCCUAGCUUGGUUUCU